AUGGUAACAAUGUCGAAAAUCAAUUCUCUACACGAAGCUUGUAAACACAACGAUGUCGAUCAAGUCAAACAAUUGUUAUCUCAACUGGAUAAAGAUGAAAUUAAUGUACGAAGUGAUGAUUGCAAUCGAACAGCGUUACAUAUUGCUGCAUUUCAUGGACAUGGAGAGAUCAUCAAACUUCUUCUAACGCACGGAGAUAUUAAUUGUAAUAUUCCAAACCAAUGGGGUUUAUUGGCGAAAGAUGAAGCACCGGAGAAUAUUAAAUAUUUAUUUGAUGAACAAUUCAACAUAGAUGAGGAAUCUUUCGAAUGGUUUGAUACAUAUAAAUAUGUCUAUCGAAUUGCUUACGAAUGUCAAAAUCAUCUUAAACAAUGGUUGACGAAAGUAUCAUUUCAAAAAUUAAUCGAAGAAAUUCAUGAAUACAUUGAAAAUAUGGAUUUCGAUCGAAAUGAGAAAGAUUCAAUUCAAAAUUAUGUCAAACAAACAAUGGAGACUAACGAUCCAAUUCCAUUAGUUCGUGCAUAUACAGAAAAAACACGUUUCGUUACGAAAUUAAACGAAGAUUUAGCCAAAGAAGGUUCUGAUUUCCGUUUUCAAUCCGCUUUAGCUGGAUUGAAUACAAAUUUAUGUGAUAAUGAAGCACCAAAAGGUUUUGGUGGUUAUAUUUACACGUCAAUUUUAGCUUUUCAUACAAAACUGCAGUCCUACCGUCGGUUUACUGGUUUAACUUAUCGAGGUGUCAAUAUGACAAAAGCUGAUCUCGAUCAAUAUCAAAAGAACAGAUCAAUGCUUGUUCGAACGUUUUUAUCUUCUUCAACUGAACGACUUGUUGCAGAAAACUUUCUCAUUUCGACUUCAAAGGGAAAAUAUCCGGUGAUUUGUACUUAUAAUAUUCGAAAUAUGAAUACAGCCAUUGAUGUACAGACGAUAUCGAGAUAUCCAAACGAGAAGGAGAUUCUCAUUCCACCUUUUUCAGUUUUUACAAUUAUUGAUAUCAAAUUGAAUUUGGAUGGUAUCAGUUUUAUUGAACUUGAUGAAUUUAAGUCAUCAGUUUAG